AUGAACUCCCUUACACCCACAAAACACCAACAACACGCCCCGCCAGAUAAACUAGCAGCAAAUUCCGACGCAGCAGUUUGGGAAUCAACCAUUCUCGCACUAUGCCGACAAAGCAGCAUCCCACUCUUGGACAAAAAGGUGCAAACAUGGCGCGACGGGUUUGAAGGGGCAGAGUACCGGGAUGUCCACCGCCUCGUACAGGAGCACCGCUUACCACGGGACGCAACACGACAAAUCCAGGGCUGGCUGCGAGAGGCCCAUGAGAUGGAGAGCGAGGCGAAAACUUGCGGACAUAAACCUACUUGGGUCCUGUAUGCUGGUCUCGUGCAGGACUGCGAGGCUGAGCUGCACUGUCUUCGGAACCAGUUCGUUAUCAAGACGUUUCGGUUUGAACAUAUUCCGCAUAACCUAGCGAAACUGCGGCGAUGGAUUGGCCGUGGCGAGGAGAAUACAGCAGCAAAAACAACGGGAGCUACUUCAAAUACCACUACGACUGAAGUCAAGCCCCUAGGAAGGACCGUGUCGCUUUCGUCUCUUCGCAAACCGCGACCCCUCAGCCUUGAGCUUGUGAGAGGAGCAGUGGAAUUUCCAGAUGAGAUCGACGGCCUGGAGACAAUGAUGGACGACGACAACGAAGAGCAAGAAGGGAAAGAAACUGAGGAAACGGAAGACUAUGCCGACUCUGACCGAGGAUGGACUCGGCGCCAAAAAGACUGGGCUCGCCGCGAGGAGGAGCAGGAGAGCGAGCGGCUGCAGCUGGCGAUGAGAUACAAGUACCCGGUCAACAUGCGCAGGGCUAAGACACAAUACUUACGGGCCAUGGAGAGGCAGGAGUGGGAACAGGACAAGAGGGUGUUCGACUUUGCUGGUCAUGGUCGUUUCUCGUGGGCCUUGGUGUAG